GCCAAGCGUAGACACCCACUCCUCCAGCGGGGACGGAGACACGUACAACGAGCGGUGCUGCGCAGGUUCAGGCUGGCAGUCAGCUGCAGCGUAAUAUCAGACUGAAGCUCUACUCAGGGAGAGAGAAUAAAGUGGGGGUUGAAUACGAAACAACCACUAACUAACAGUGGUUUCAUCAAAACAACCAACAGCUAUGAAUCUUGAACCCCCUAAAUCUGAAUAUAAGUCGGCCACCCGGGUGACCGGAGGCCCAGCCACACCACGCAAAGGCCCACCCAAAUUUAAACAGAGGCAGACUCGCCAGUUUAAAAGCAAGCCACCAAAGAAGGGCAUCCAGGGAUUUGGAGACGAUAUCCCUGGUAUGGAAGGUUUAGGCACUGACAUCACAGUCAUCUGCCCUUGGGAGGCCUUCAGCCACUUGGAGCUGCACGAGCUGGCUCAAUACGGCAUCAUCUGAGUCCACCAUCUUCCUCUUCACUUCCCCCUUCCAUUCUGCCUCCACACUGGCUAUGGGCUCCAUUGGGUCCAUUUGCACGCACACCUUAUCGUAGAACAUUACACAAUUGGAAAAAUCUGAGCAAAACAAACAAACAAACAAACAAAUACCCUUACCUAACUGUCCAGCUCAUGGUUUCUUUCUUUUCUGCUCAUAGAUUAACUUGGACCAGCAUACCUAUUUGUGUUUGACUUUUUGUCUGUCAGAUAGCAUCUGUUAUUUUAGAGGUAGUCCUUCCAUUCUUUCUCUGUUCCCAUUUGUUCUCUUCUUUCAUUUCUAUAUCCUCCUUUCUUUUGGAACAGAACUUCAAACUUAAACAAGUAAGCAAACAGCCUCAAGUGAGUAUAAGCACUGUACCCGUGAAAUGCUCGGCUUCUCAUUUCACGUGUCCCAGCCGCUCUGGGAAAAUCUUGGAGGUUUAUCCAUCUU